UUUCCAGAAAAAAUAUACCAAACACAACCAAGAUGGAAAAAAGUCGAUGUAAGAUGAUAAAGAAGAGAAAACGUGGCCAGGGAAGUGAGGCGGUUGAGUGGGCAUUAAACCGCGGGGCUAAUGUUGGAAAUAGAAUAUUAUUCUGGUUUGUGGUUAGCAUAACAUUUUUCGUCGAAGUUCAGGAAAUGGCUGGUCGGUCUCUGUGGCGCGCCACAACCAAGCUGUUAGUGGCCACCACCGCCCUUGGUGGUGGAGCAGCGGCAGCCACAAUUGCCAGCUCCGACGACCCAGCCAUGGCCCUCAAGCUUUGCACGAUUGUUCCUCUCCGCCUCUGUCGCGAUUCCGUCACGGCUGCCACCAUUGCGUUCGAUUAUGAAUAUUCACUCUGGGGACUGCCAGAAGGUAGCACGGAGAGAGCAAAAGCCAAACAUGAAGUUCACAUGAGGGGUGCACGCAGGCUUGAAGAACUUUGUUUCAGAAAUGGUGGAAUUUACAUUAAGCUUGGUCAACAUUUAGGACAGCUGGAGUACUUAAUACCUGAGGAGUAUGUUCAUAUAAUGAGGGAAUCUAUGUUAAAUAGAUGUCCUCAUUCUUCUUAUGAUCAAGUGCAUGAAGUUGUCAAGAAAGAGCUUGGAGGUGCACCGGAUGAAAUCUUUGAUGAAUUUGAUCCUGUGCCAAUAGCAAGUGCUUCUCUUGCUCAAGUCCAUGUUGCUCGAAUGCAUGAUGGGCAAAAAGUUGCUGUCAAGGUUCAGCACACACACAUGACCGAUACUGCUGCAGCAGAUUAUGCAACUGUAGAGUUGAUAGUAAACACACUGCAUCGAUUUUUUCCUUCCUUCGAUUACAGGUGGUUGGUUGCUGAAGUUCGCGAAAGUAUACCUAAGGAACUAGAUUUUUUGGUUGAGGCCAAAAACAGCAUUAAAUGUAUGGAUAACUUUCGGAAGCUAUCUCCGCAUAUCGCAGACUAUGUUUAUGUCCCAAGGGUAUAUUGGAAUUUAAGCACAUCAAAGCUGUUAACCAUGGAAUAUAUGGAGGCUGCACAAGUAAAUGACUUGAAGAGCAUCCGAAGACUUGAAAUUCAGCCAAGUGAUGUGGUAAAGUUGGUUAGUGAGACUUUUGCUGAAAUGAUGUUCAGACAUGGUUUUGUUCAUUGUGAUCCACAUGCUGCAAACCUGCUAGUCCGCCCUUUGCCUUCUGGUCGUAGGAGCAUUUUUGGAAGGAGAAAACCUCAGUUGAUACUUUUGGACCACGGUUUAUACAUAGAACUUGAUUACCACACCAGAAUAAACUAUGCUGCACUAUGGAAGGCUUUGGUAUAUUCUGAUGCAAACGGGAUAAAGGAUAAGUGUGUAAAACUGGGUGCUGGAGACGAUCUUUACGCAUUAUUUGCUGGGAUUCUCACAAUGAGGCCUUGGAACAAAGUGAUAGAUCCUUCAGUGGAUCAUCUUGUUGUCAAUGGUACAGACAGUGACCGUUCAGAACUGCAGGUGACUUAUUCUAUGAUAGUAUGGAGCUAAAGUUAAGAUCAUGAAUCUGCGAAGCAUCUAUCCUAGAUACAGGGAGUGAUUAUUUCUCCUUUAGCUUUAUUAUCUAGAAAUUCAAUAUUUUCCUUAAUUCCUUUUAAUUUUUCUAUAUAGUCUACCUGGAGUAUUUUCAGAAAUGCCGUAAAAUAGGUUUCAGAAAUGCCGUAUUUAGUGGGGUAAUGUUAUAAUGUAUCGUGUAACUAUUUCCUCCCUGUGCUCCUACUAAGGGUGGCAACGGUCUGGUUUUUCUCCGUUUUGCUUCGGUUCCUCCGAUUUCGGUACUGGAGCGUUAUCGGUAACACAACAGUACCGAUUGCUACCUGUAUACCGGUACCCAAUGGUCUUGAAUAUGGUACCAGUGUGGACCAUAAUUUUUUUUUGGUAUUUUUGAUUCCGGUUUAUCGGAUCCGGUCUGGCACCAGCGCCGGAAUUAAGGUUUGAUUUUUUUUAAAACUUAAUAUAAAUAUAAUUUAAC